CCUCAGGUUCGGCACCUCACUGCACUCACAGUGCUCCUCGCAGCAGCAUCUGCACAGCAGCACUGCAUUCCCCAGGGAGAGGCCCCCAUGGCAGCACCCCACGCUCAGCCCUGGACGCUGGCAGCUGCCUCCCCAAGCACGAGCUCCUCCCCACCAGCCCCAUCCCAGCACCCCCAUCUGUUGGGCCCCAGCCUUCCCCUGCUCUCCCCUUACCCUGAAUUGCAGCUCUGGUUGCUCAGCUUUACGCUCUGACAGCACUUUGCUGUUGGAACAGCUUCUUGCCAGAAGCACAGCACCGCGCGCCUUCCUGCUCCCCCCGGCUGCCAUCUGCCGCUCAGCGCAGAGCAAACGCGGGGCUGCUGCUGCCCAUCUGCUCGCAGCCUUCCUCCCACUGCAGCAGCCACUGCACCCGAGGCUGCAAUUGCUGGAAGUACCAAAAGAGAGAGGGAGGACACACCGUGCCUUUCGUUGUGCUUCAUCUGCAUGCUGCAGCACCGAGUCCGUGGGGGGUCCUGGUGAGAGAGCAAGCACAGUGAGUCAAGCACAGGGGCUGGGGCAGAGGGGAACCACGGCUGGGCCUGGAGAGCCAUCUGGCUUCCACCUCCAGGUGAGGCUCCAGUUAGAAACACUCUUGCAUUGGAGUAUCACAGAGUAUGGCUGCUAUUGGCCCUGGGAGCAGAGGCUCUGCACGUUCAGCUCCUGCUCGUGCCGUACAGCCAUGCACUGGGAGCAGCGCUCGCUCCAUUCCCUGCAGGAGGAACCAUUGUGCUGCUGCAUCGGGACCAGCCCCAGGGAGUGCACGUGGACAGAGGAAGGUGAGGACUCUGGAUCUGGAUCUUCUCGGCCCCCGUGGGGUUCCUUGCAGAAAACCAAAGCGAGCAGCCUGCAGGGCACCCGAAGGCCACUCACCGCCACAGCACCCGGACCUGGAGGAAAGAACAGAGAAGCACUGAACCCCUGCUCGCCGCCCGCGAGCUCACUGUGGAAGCAAGCUGCAGCAGAUGGUGUCCAGAUGUUCCCCAUCACCAGAUGUUCCUGCUCGAUACAGAAGACAACAACUGCUCCUCAGCUCUGGAGCGAGGGCACUAGGAGCACAGAAGGGGAAGAGAUGCAGCUGGGGUACGUGCAGCUGCCCAGCAUCCUGCCCCAGGAGCACGCCGGCUCCAGAGAAGCCUGUGCUCGGUCCCCCCUUGCCCUCACCUUCUCUUCUGAGGUCUGCAGCAUUCUUGGCCGUACCGAGACCUGCUCCUCAAAGCACAGGACACGGGAUGCUCUCAGUCAGCUGACACGGCCUUGGGCUUCGUCCUCCCCCACGCUGCAGCUGUGAACCACAGCACAUCACCCACAGCCACGGACCUUCAACUGGGAGAAGCGUUUCAGCA